AUGGCAAGGCUCGAAACCAGCAGCUUAAUACGGCUCGCCCCGCAGCAUCUCGCCCGCCCUUCUCCAUCGCGUUUCUUGCAUUGCAGUAAUGGCGAGUGCCCACAGCGAUCCAACGUGUUCGGUGAGCUGGAUAUUCCUCGUGCAUCGCAUCCUCCAAAACGUGCUCAUGAGCAGCAGGAAACCUCAGCCCAGUACAGUUGGAUCACUCGUCACUCGCGAACGCAUACCUCUUCAAUUUCCGCUGCCUGCUUCAACUUCUCGGUCGGCCCCCACGGUCAGGGGGUUGGCGACAUCUCAACCACGUUGCGGGAGCUGCGGCUGAGGCACUGCCCCGCAAAUGCCUUGGAACACCAGCAGCGUGUGGGCGAAGGCGAAACAUUCAUCGUUGAGCGGUGUAGCAUGGGCCAGGACGUCGUCGCUGUGAAGCACUUGAAGCUGGAUCAGACCACCUCUGACCCGCGCAAUUUUCAGCGUCGGCUCGAAUCCGUGCUAUUGGAACUUCGAAUAAUGCGGCACUCUCCGCUGCGAGACCAUCCAAACAUUCUCAACCUCGUCGCGUAUGGGUACAACACCCAUCGCGUCCAACUUCUCCCUUACAUUGUUGUCGAAUAUAGCCCCUACGGUACUAUCCGUGACUACCUAGAGUCGCACCCCGAAGUAUAUCGCAGCUCCAAGGAGAUCCUCCUCGGUGAUGUUGCUGCUUGGUUGCAAGUACUGCAUACCUCGCAAAUCGUCCACGGCGACGUCAAAGCAGAGCAUGUCCUCAUUUUCCCCUCUUUGGAUCGGCCAUGCGCAGCCAUAGCCAAGCUCUGCGACUUCGGCCACUCAUUGCUUCUCCAGAGCGCACUGCCAAAUGGAAAGCAUCUGCAGUACAAGGGAACAGAUAUCUACAAUGCCCCAGAAGUCCAGAAACAGCCGACUGGGCCUAUUGAACGUCACUACCUUCUCAAAUGCGAUGUUUGGGCUUUCGGUCUCCUCGCUUUGGAGGUCUUCCUCCAUGGAAAGCGCUAUGAUAUACACUUUUCAUUGCCGUCGAUGCCGAAAGAAUCGACAGAGCAAGACGAAUGGUUCAACAAUCUGCUUGCAAUCGCCCAGCGCUCACCAGAGAUUUCUGGACGCAAUCUUGAAUGGGCUCUGAUCCGCCUUCUGCUCGCAAAGACCCUGAAGCUUGAUCCUGACGACCGCGUCUCGAGCCUGACUACUCUGCAUAUUAUGAAGAACUGGCAGCUGGUGCGAGCCGAACUGGACUUGCAGAUAUUCAACUUCGAUCGAGAAACGGAGGUUCCCUGGGAUCACCAAAAGCAUAUCGUCUUGGGAUUUCAGAAUUGCUACGACUCGGCUUCAAGCAACACGACCCUGGCAGCCACAUGUGCAUGGCAGCUGGCCAUGUGCUGCACACUGGGAUUCGGGACUUCUCGUGAUCCUACGGCGGCCGCCCUGUGGACCCAAAGGGCCGCCACAGCGGGACACUCUGUUGCAAACUUCUUCCUUUCUACUCUCUCAAGCACUAUCAAAGGGUCAAUAUCCUGUCAUCCGUACCUCGUCUUCCUCAAAGACUCUUUUCGCGCUGUCGCCGAGUCAGACACCGAGGCUCACCCCGACGACGCUUUGUGUAGAGCCUGCCGGACAGGCUGUACAUCUUUGGUCGUCAACGCCUUGGCUCGAGGUGCAAAUCCAACCCGUCCCUUCCCGGACGGAACCAACAUCCUACACUGGUUGUUCAUGUUCGACUCCAAAUGCAACGAAUGGGAAGAACUGGAAUCGCAGCUCAUGAAGUGGAAGGAAAAGCUUCCUCUAAAUCAGGCUUGCCCUUCGAUCCACACUGUCCACAAGCAAUGGCCCUUGGAACUGACUGGAAGCCCUCUCACCGUCUCCGUUUCUGUCCAUGACGUACAAAGUAUGCGGUUUCUGCUGCUCCUUGGCGCCAAUCCCUUAGCAAGAGCGUACAACACCAACGAUUCAAGCGGUCGUCAUCGAGCUCAACGAAAUUGGACGCCUCUACACGUGGCCGUCAAAUACCACAACGCGUCCAUGCUUCGUCAACUCUUGGCCGUGGCCAAGACAGUCGGUGUGCCUGAUAACCUCUCGUGUGCGUUGAGUUUUUCAAGCCCUCUAGAGAGAAGAGCGCUGCACCUCAGCGGUGAGAAGGAAAACCUUCGCGAAACAAUAGAACUCCUUAGCAAAGCCUCAAGUUUGAAUAUCGCAAGCUCAGAAAGCAUGACUCCACUCAUGCAAGCGAUAGACUUCGAUGACUUGCCAGUAGUCGAAGCCAUCUUAGAGCACGAUCCGUCCCUAGCCAUGCUCCCAAACGUCAAUCCUCAGAACGCAGAAGAGCUCGAUUAUCCCAUCAUCUUCGCGGCUCAAGCGGCAGCUAGACGAGAUAUCCCAGAGAGCACCGCCAUCAUGCAGCAUCUUCACUCUCUGAAUCCAGACGUGCUCCAUCUGCGCGAUAGUCUGGGUCGAACUUGUCUACAUAUGGCAGUGACCGGAUCAUCAUUGUACUCUGCAGAGUUCAUUCUAGAGAAAAGCCCACAUUUGCUACGUGCGAAAGACAAGUUCAAGAGGUCUCCACUUUUCUACUGUACUUCAGAAACAGUCUGUGACUUUCUCACCCGCAAAGGCGUCGAAGUCAACGCUGUCGAUCAAACGGGAAUGUCGGCGGUGCAUUUCGCCAUCCAGGAGGGGCGCAUCGCAAUUGUGGGAGCUUUGAGCAGGCAUCGAGGGGUAGACUUGAAUCUCAAGUCAAACAACGCGUGGACACCUCUACAUCUGGCAGUCUGGAAGAAGAGCAGGGAGAUGGUAUUGUCCCUACUGACCGGAGGCGCAAAAACCGAUGCAGUAGAUCGCUUCGGACAUACGCCUCUGGAUAUAGCUGCCCGUGAAGGAUCAAGGCACAUGACCAGCAUUCUACUGGAAUCCGGUGCCCCAGAGGGCAUUACCAACAAUCUCGGCGAGACCCCCUUCUACAGCGCUCUUCGGCACGGCAACUUCUCUUCACUGCAGGCCUUCAUUACGUCCGGUCGUUUUCCGCUCGCCAAUGUACCUUUGGAUGACGAAGGGAACACCUCGAUCCAUCUUUGCGCUCGGUUUGGCAACGACGAGAUGAUGGAAUUUCUUCUUGAGAAGACAUUACCGGCGAAGGCUAAGAUCAGCUCACUAUUGAACUUCACCUUCCAAACGCCGCUUCACAUCGCCGCCAUGUAUUCAAACGCCGACAUAUGCACCACUCUCCUGAGAAACUGUCUUGACAUCCAAGACAGGCUGUGUCUCGCACGGGCAAAGGAUCUCGAAAUGAACUCUGCCGUUCACUACGCCAUCAGAGGGGUCCAAAGCGGCCUGGUACCUCCAGUGGGAGAAUGUUUGCAGAUCCUGCGUCUACUAAAAGCCCAAAACACCCUUUUUUUCGAGCCAAACAAUCUCCAAGAAACCCCAUGGGACCUCGCUCUAAGCACAGGCUAUUGGCGCAAUGCUCACUUGGAUAUUCUUGCCUAUUUACUCAGCCAUUGGGGUUUGAAAUGCUGUCGAUAUCUGUUCGACAGCACCGGAAACCCUCGUGGGAAUGAGCUUUUUGCUGCAGCUUGGGAUAAGAAGGACGUUUCCUUCGCCCGAGACCUGAUCAGGAGCAGCUGUGUCAGCCUGGAUGUCAUUCCAAGAGAAUUGCAUCCAACGGACGAUGACCCUGAGUCACCACGGGAACUUAUCGUGGAAGCACUAAUAGCGCGGGACAGCCGGAAAGAGGUUCUCAGGAAAACAACGAUUGUUGUAACAAGCAAUUAUUGA